UGAACAAGACCGUAGUGCACUUAAAAAAAGGGAAUGGGAGCGGAGGAAUCAAGAAGUCCAGCAAGAAGACGAUCUCUUUUCUUCAGGCUUUGAUCUUUUUGGGGAGCCCUACAAGACAAACAAAGGCGAUGCACUUGCCAACCGAGUCCAGAACACGCUGGGAAACUAUGAUGAAAUGAAGGAUUUGCUAACUAGCCAUUCUAAUCAGAAUCAUCUAGUGGGGAUCCCAAAGAAUUCUGUGCCUCAGACUCCGAUCAACAAAAAUGAAUCCAGUUUUUUUCCGGAACAAAAGAACCGAAUGAUCACGCCUCACCAGGACAGCGCACACCCCCCGGCACCAAUGCCUCCGCCUUCAGUUGUGAUACUCAACUCAACUCUAAUACACAGCAACAGGAAAGCCAAGCCCGACUGGCCACGAGAGAGCCACAGCGCUAGCAUCACGCCAGCCAGCCAGGCCAGUGGGCAGCCAAACACACUGCAGACUUCCACACAGGACCAGCCCCAGGCCAGACUGGAAGACUUCUUUGUCUACCCAGCUGAACAGCCUCAAGUUGGCACCAUAGAAGAACCAAACCCUCCUACCAAGGGAGAUGGGAAUGUCAAGCCCAAUGGAGGGGAUGCUUUCAAAGAAAUCUUUCAGUCGAGCUCAUCGGAAGAACCUGAAUGUACAGUGCCCGCGCCUGGAUCCCCAUUGCUGGCCUCCUCGCUCUUAGCUCCCAGCAGUGGCCUUUCGGCUCAGAACUUCCCUCCAGGUCUUUGCUGUAAAACGAGCAUGGGGCAGCAGAAGCCAACGGCCUAUGUCAGGCCCAUGGAUGGCCAGGACCAGGCACCGGACAUCUCCCCAACACUGAAGCCUUCCAUCGAAUUUGAAAACAGCUUUGGGAAUCUGUCAUUUGGAUCACUCUUGGAUGGAAAACCCAGUGUAGCCAGUUCAAAGACUAAACUGCCCAAGUUCACGAUUCUGCAAACAAGUGAAGUAAGCCUCCCCAGUGAUCCAAGCUGUGUUGAAGAAAUCUUGCGGGAAUCCCAACACCUGACCCCAGGAUUCACCUUACAAAAGUGGAGCGACCCAACCAGCAGAGCUUCUACAAAGAUGCUUGAAGAUGAUCUGAAGCUGAGCAGUGAUGAAGAUGACCUUGAGCCUGUGAAGACCUUGGCCACUCACUGCACCACCACUGAGCUCUACCAGGCUGUUGAAAAGGCAAAGCCUAAGAAUAAUCCUGUGAACCCACUCCUGCCCACUGCUCAGCCCCCUUCUGCAGUGGCAGCCAGCGGGGGGUCCGGCAGCUCCAGUGAUUCAGAGAGCAGCUCCGAGUCUGACUCAGACACUGAAAGCAGCACCACCGACAGCGAAGCCAACGAGGCGCCUCGCGUGGCCACGCCAGAGCCCGAGCCACCUUCAACCAACAAGUGGCAGUUAGACAAGUGGCUUAACAAGGUCACGUCCCACAACAAGUCAUUUAUUUGUGGCCAAAAUGAAACGCCCAUGGAGACCAUGUCUGUGCCGCCUCCCAUCAUCCAGCCAAUGGAAGUCCAGAUCAAAGUGAAGACAAACCCCAGCCAGGUCCUGGCUGAACCCAAAGAAAGGCCUCUCCUCGGUCUCAUUAGGGAGAAAGCGCGUCCUCGGCCCACCCAGAAAACUCCAGAAACAAAGGCGUUGAAGCAUAAGUUGUCAACAUCUAUUGACACAGCUUCUCAGAGGACAGUUGGGAAAAAACAGCCCAAAAAGGUUGAGAAGAAUGUCAACGCCGACGAGUUUACCUGGCCCAAACCAAAUAUCACCAGCAGCACUCCCAAAGAAAAGGAAGGUGUGGACCUUCCUGAGCUGCCGAGAGGCCGCAACAAAGCCACUGUCCACAAGCCAGUCCCGAGGAAGGAGCCCAGGCCAAGCAUGCCCUUGGCUGCUGAGAAGAAGAAAUACAGAGGGCCUGGCAAGCCCGUGCCCAAGUCCCGGGAAUUCAUCGAAACCGAUUCAUCGACGUCCGAUUCUAACACCGAUCAGGAAGAGCCGCUGCACACCAAAGGCUUGCCUCCUUGCGCCACCCCUGCAGGUAACACAGUCAAGCCCAAGGAGGCCUGUGGCGGCAGCCUGUCCCUCAGCACCUUAAUGAGCAAUGGCAGCAGCAACUUAGCCACCAGUAACGAGGAGCCUACUUUUUCACCCAUCCCUGUCAUGCAAACUGAGCUGCUGUCCCCUCUACGAGAGCAGGAGAAUCUGAAAAAUCUCUGGGUGAAGAUUGACCUUGACUUGCUAUCUAGAGUACCUGGCCACAACUCACUCCAAGCAGCCGCAGCCAAGCCAGACCACAAGAACAAGGAAACGGCCUCGAAACCCAAGCGCCUGAUGCUGGCCGCAGCUGCAGAGAAGCCCGCCCCCAAGGGCAAGCGUAAGCACAAGCCCACAGAUAUGGCAGAGAAAAUCCCGGAGAAGAAGCAGCGCCUAGAGGACGCCUCAGCUGUCUGCCUGCCCCCCCCUUGCAUCUCCCCAGCCCCACCUCAGAAGCCUCCCAGCACUAAAGAAAACAGUUCCUCCAAGAGAGCAAACAGAAGAAAAGAAGAAAAACUGUUCCCCCCUCCACUUUCCCCACUGCCAGACGACCCUCCACGCCGCAGAAAUGUCAGUGGGAAUAAUGUCCCCUUCACUGCAGACAAGAACAGCCCUGUGAUUGGACACAUCAUCUCUACCAAGCCUAAACGGAGUGAAGGGAAAUCCUGCGCUACUUUCAAAGGGAUCUCCGUGAGUGAGGGAGACACUCCAAAAAAGGCAGCCUCUGCCGCCAUCACUGUCACCAGCACUGCUACUGCCAUUGUUACUGCCACUGCCACCGCCACCGCCACCGCCACCACCACCGCCACCACCACCACCAUUUCCACCACCACUUCCACCAUCACCAGCGGCCUCAUGGACAGCAGCCACCUGGAGAUGACGUCCUGGGCAGCCCUACCCUUGCUGUCCAGCAGCACCGCCAGCGUCCGGAGACCCAAGCUCACUUUCGAUGAUUCGGUUCACAACGCUGAUUAUUACAUGCAAGAGGCUAAGAAGCUGAAGCACAAGGCCGAUGCACUGUUCGAGAAAUUUGGCAAAGCUGUGAAUUACGCCGACGCGGCCCUGUCCUUCACCGAGUGCGGCAACGCCAUGGAGCGCGACCCCCUGGAAGCCAAGUCCCCGUACACCAUGUACUCGGAGACCGUGGAGCUGCUCAGGUAUGCGAUGAGGCUGAAGAACUUCGCCAGCCCCUUGGCCUCAGACGGGGACAAGAAGCUGGCCGUGUUGUGCUACCGGUGUUUGUCGCUGCUCUACUUGCGGAUGUUUAAGCUGAAGAAAGACCACGCUAUGAAGUACUCCAGGUCACUGAUGGAGUAUUUUAAGCAAAAUGCUUCCAAAGUCGCUCAGAUACCAUCUCCAUGGGUAGGCAAUGGAAAGAACACUCCAUCCCCUGUGUCCCUCAACAACGUCUCUCCCAUCAACGCCAUGGGGAACUGUAACAACGGCCCAGUCACCAUCCCCCAGCGCAUCCACCACAUGGCUGCCAGCCACGUCAACAUCACUAGCAACGUGUUACGGGGCUACGAACACUGGGACAUGGCCGACAAACUGACAAGAGAGAACAAAGAAUUCUUCGGCGACCUGGACACGCUGAUGGGGCCUCUGACCCAGCACAGCAGUAUGACAAACCUGGUCCGCUACGUUCGCCAGGGACUGUGCUGGCUGCGCAUUGACGCCCACUUGUUGUAGUGGGUGCUCCCCCACCUCAAGCAUCGCCGCCCAUCGCCUACCUCUACCAGAAGCACCCCCGGUCGCUGGU